AUGUAAUCUAUUCGUCAACAGCGUAUGAAUAAAAUCAUGCAAGUUUAAGGAGAAGUUGGAUAGCAUAAAGGAUAUGCAGCGAUUAAAAUUGCCUAAAAUGUUCAUGAACUCCUAAGAAAGAGUAAAUCGGAAACAAAAUGUAUUGGAGAACUAGCAAUUCAGGAUAUUAGAAAAAAACUGCUGCAGGAUUAAUUUAACUCCAUUAAAAUGUAUGAUAUUCCCAAAGGCGAAGACAAACCAGGGAUUCAGUUCAAAUCAGUUCACAAUAUGUAUGAUCUACAAACAUUAAAGAUGACGAAGCUAUACAAAAAGAAUUAACGAAAUGAUAUAGAAAAGCAAGUUAGAUCUUAACUAGCCAAAGAGCCAGAUAAAUAGUUAUUCCUGUCUGAAAUUUAUGAACAGUUGGAAGAUAAUUCUGAUGGCGAAGUACUAAAGAGGAAAUAAAAAGUUAAAGAAGAAUCCUUAGCAACUCAGUCAAAAGAAUAUGAUGACUCUAAAGAUCAAAUCACAGAUCUUAAAUAAUGGACAAAGAAAAUGAAGGAAUUGAAAAAGAAGUAACAAAACAAAAAGAACGAAAGUGACAUAAUAGAACUACCAAGAAGCAAGGAUAGAACCUAAAGCGAAAUAAAGAAUCCUUUAGUUCGUUAAGAUUGUGCUCGAAAUUAAAAAAUUGACAAAUCAAACUCACCUUAGAAUACUUAAAACACUCCUAAAUCUUAUUAGGAUAUUAUGAAAAAUGCAGUUUCUAGAGCUAAGUAACUUAAGAGUUUAAAUGAAGAUCCAAGUGUAGAACGAUCAAUUUAAUAAUAUCUUUAAAAGGCAUCCACAGUGGCCUUAAAUGAACUCAAAGAGAUUGGAGAACUCAAUGUUGACGAAGAGAAAGGUCUCUCAACAAAUUUCGAUUUCACUAAUGAAGAUGUCUAACGGAUGUACAAUACUCUUGUAAGAGUUCAGUUCUCAUAAUUCAAAUCAGAGGCAGAAAAAGCAAAAUUUUAUUAAAAACAAACAUAAUUGAUAGCUAAUAAAUUAAUCCAAAAGAUUAAAUAAAAUGAAUAAAUCAUUGGUGCAAAGAUUUCAGCAUAAGAAAAUCUAAGAUUGGAGACACACGAUUUCCAUGAUAAACUAAUCCAAAUCAAGUAACUAUCCUUGCAAUUACAGCAAGAAAUAGAAGAAAUGAAAGACCCUAAAUCAUCAUAUAAUAUGUAGGUGAGUUAGUCUCGUAAGUCUUUAGUCAACUAAUUUAUGAGUAAGCAAAACAAAGAAAAGGAAUUACAACAAGAUUUGCACAUCCUAAAAGAGAGUCGCAUAGCUUAUAUACACAAAAUUUUGUUCAAUAAAAAAACAUUAGAAUAAAUAGAUUCAGAUCUACAAACCAAAAAAAAGGAAAAUAAAAAUAUAUAGAAGUGUCUCAUCAAUUUCUACUUCUAAAUUUUAAAAAAUGCUUAAGAUGUUAGGAAUACAGGAAUAGCCUGGGUAAUAUCAAGACUAAAUGCUCUUAAUGAGAAAUUGAAUUAUUAACACUUCCCAGAUUAUUUAGAUCAAAAAGCGAAGGAAUAUUUACUACAAAAAGCUUCUUUGUUGUAAGAAAUUGAAUAACUAGAGAAGGAACUAAGUGAAUCCUUUAAAUAGUACAAAUAAGAAUAAUCAUUUGAUAAUAGCUUAGCAAUCAUUCAACAAAGCUUAUCUCAUAAUGACUCUUUAGAAAUCUCUUCUCUGCCCUCUAUAUUUCCUUAUGAUAGCAAUAAAUUAUCAGCCAUUGACUUAACAUAAGCAAGAAUACAAGCAAGUAAAAGCAGUCGAAAUAAUUAUCAACUUGACAAAUUAGGUCCUAUAACUCUCGGUUUGAAAAAUGAAGAUCUUGAAAAUUUAGAGAAUAUGUUAAUAAGGUUAAACUAAAAAAAUCUACCUGUGACUAAUGGGACUCUAAUUUAUAGAGAAACUUAAAAAAGAAUCAAACAAUAAAUAAAAUAAGAAUAAGGAGGAUCUAUUGAAGUUUCUCAAAUUAAUGAUUCAUCAACAGUUUUAAAAGAGCAAGCCAUUCAUUCUUAUGAUAAAUGCAACACUCAAUUAAACAAAAUAAAAAUAAAAUUAUUGCACUUAGAUGAUGAAUAAGUUACUCGAAUUGUAAAAGAAUUUGACUAUAAGAAUUAUAGUAAACGAUUUAACAUAGAUCCAAUAACAGUAAUCUCAUGUUUAGUGGGAGGAUUAAGAUGCGAUAGAGAGAUAAUUAAAUAGGGAAUUAAGUAAACUCACUAUGAUUGA